AGUCUACAUGGGAACUUCACGCGUCUUGGAGGGUUUUCCAGUCGGUCGCUUUUAAGUGUUGCACAGCAUCUUCUCACCGGAUGUUUAUGGAUGCACAUGUCGCCGUGGAGAACUGGAAGCUGUUUCUUACUGAAGUCGCUUCUGAAGCUAGUCAUUUAAACACAAACCCGGGGCAUUAAACUCGGGAUGUCUGCCUCGCUGGUCCGCAGAGGCCUGGAGCUGCUGAGCGAACACACAGAUGUGAGUAAAGGGAAGAAGAAGAAGCAGAAGACCCUCAGCGCGGCUGACGUGAUGGACCGGGUGAGCUCCAAGCGUCAGGGAGUCACGAGGCAGAAGAGGAGGCUGCAGGGUGAGCUGGGACCCGGGAGGAACAGAGCCACCGUCAAAGACAAGAGGAUCCGAUCUGCAGUGGAGGAGUUCAGGAAGAAGCAGAAGAAGAGUCAGCUGAGCGCCAACCUGAAAUACUUCAUGGAAGAUGUCGACAAAUCCAGAGAGUCGGACACGGCCAAGAUUUUGAGCCACCAUUCAGGACGACAGUCGAGGAACCGCCCGGACCCCCCCGCCCCGAAGGCCUCGGAGAAAGAGUCCUUGUUCACGGAGAAGGAGUUCCAGCAGUUCCAGAAGGAGUACUUCGGCAGGACUGUGGAGAAGAGGAAAUGAAGCGCACCCUGAAAACACAAAGACACUUCGGGAACUGUGGGAAACCCCUGCGCUGUGGUGCAUAUCAACGGGUUUCUGCACUGGAUUUUCUGGAUGAUUCUCUUCAUGUCUCUCAAGAGGACUGCGAGGAGUUUGUAGAGAAAUGUUUUCAUAGGUUGAAUCUAAACUGGUGUUUUCCUACACACACACACACAAACACACACACACACACACACACACACAAACACACACACACUGUUUUCUCUGGCUCUUGUCUCUGAAAGCAUCACCUCAUUCAACUCACUUCGUGUUUCCUGAGGACCCUGAACAGUCCUUACUGAGUCAUCUUACUGCUAAAUGUAAAAAUACAAUUAAACAGAAAUGAAGUUUCUUUAA